AUGGCCCGAGUACCAGCGGUCAAGAGGCGAAAGUUGACUCCGCCUCCUACGGAUGGUGAAGACUCCUCUCCGUCAACACUCGACAAUGCCUCCGAGCCCAGUGCAUUCUUCAAGCAAGCAUCGAGCUGGAAUCUGGAGCAGGAUUACGAGACCAGACCUCGAAAAGGAAAGAAGAAGGACAAGGAGAAUACUCGAUUGCCAAUCAAAACAUCAGAUGGACAAGUCCAGGAACUCGAGGUCGUCGAGGAGCCUGAUCAUGUUGAGAGCGACAUGGAAUGGCUGGGUGCGGAGGAAUCAGAGGAAGAGCCAGUGGAACAGAAACCUACGGUCCCUAUGCGACAGCAAAUAUUAGAAGCACAAGAAGAGAUGGCUCGGAUUGCAUUGAUGGUCACGCAGGAGGAUCCGGAAGAGCACGUUGGAGCUUUCAAAGCUUUAUCGCAAUUUGGUCAAUCGCACAACACCACAAUCAAGAAACUGGCUCUGAGAGUUCAAUUGGCUGUUUACAAAGAUGUCAUCCCAGGGUAUCGGAUACGACCAUUAUCAGAAGAAGAUAUGGAGACCAAGGUGUCGAAAGAGGUACGGAAAUUGCGGGCAUACGAACAGGCUCUAGUUGGCGGAUAUCAAGGAUAUAUUCGAGAAUUAUCGAAGCUUUCUCAAUCUGGAAGGUCUGGCAGGUCUGGAGGAUCAAAAGAAAGUGGGCCAAGUUUGGGGAGCGUUGCCAUCUCUUGUGCAUGCACUCUCCUGACCGAGGUUCCACAUUUCAACUUCCGUGGAGAUCUGCUGAAGAUUCUGGUAAAGAAGCUCAGCACGAGAAUGAUGGACGAGGACUUCGUGAAGUGCAGGGAGACGAUAGAAUCACUGUUCAAGAACGACGAAGAUGGAACUCCUUCCUUGGAUGCGGUUUCAAUUCUCACGAGAAUGAUGAAGGAGAGGUCAUACCGUGUUGACGAGGGUGUGCUGAAUACAUUUCUCCAUUUGCGUCUCUUGACGGAGUUCUCAUGGAGGGCUUCAACGAAUCAUAUCGACAAACCGGAGAACAAGUUUGAGCGGAAGAUUAAAGAGAAGAGGGUCUUCCGCACGAAGAAGGAGAGGAAGAUGAUGAAGGAACGAAAAAUUGUCGAGAAAGAGAUGGAACAGGCGGAUGCAACAGUCAGUCACGAAGACCGUGAUCGCAUGCAGUCUGAGACAUUGAAGCUGGUAUUCGUCACCUACCUCCGGAUAUUAAAGCUGAGAUCUCCACAUCUCAUGGGUGCUGUCUUGGAAGGACUGGCCCGAUACGCACAUCUCAUCAACCAGGACUUGUUCGGUGAUCUCCUAGAAGCGCUGAAGGAUUUGAUCGGCCACGCUGAGACAGGAGACGAUGUCGAGGAAGACCCAGAAGAUAUUGAAACAGAGCGAAACUUGACUCGUGAAGCACUGUUAUGCAUUAUUACGGCAUUCGCUUUACUCGAAGGCCAAGAUGCCGCCAAAGCUCAGGCAACCUUGAGUCUGGAUCUCAGCUUCUUCAUUACUCAUCUUUACCGAACACUUCACGCCCUCUCACUCAAUCCAGACAUCGAACUCAGUGCGAAGUCCUUACAUCUCCCUGACCCGAACAUGCCCACCUGGACACAUUCCGAGAACAAAGUCAACAUCCAGACAACUACCGUGCUCCUGCUCCGCUCCCUUUCCUCGAUUCUCACGCCUGCACUCGCCGCUCGUGCUGUACCACCGCUGAGAAUCGCGGCUUUCACAAAGCAGCUGGCAACCACAUCGCUGCAUUUGCCAGAAAAGUCUUGUAUUGCCAUAACCACAUUCCUAGGCAAGGUCACGAAGAUUCAGGAGAAGAAGGUGGCAUCGUUGUGGAAUACGGAGGAGAGAAGGGGUGAUGGCGUGUUUGAUGCUCUGACUGGCGAGGUGGAGGGAAGCAAUCCAUAUGCCGCUACUAUUUGGGAGGGAGAACUGCUGAGGAAGCAUUUCUCUCCGAAUGUGAGAGAUGGUGUGAAAGUUAUGGAGAAAAAUGUGUUGGGUUUGAGGUAG